ACGAUGCGCAGACCUGAGAAGUGGAAGGGAAGAAGUACGGAGAUGCAGAUAAGAUUAGAUAGACUAGCCAGACAAAAUAGAGAGACAAACAGAUAGACAGAGUGGCUUCCAUCAGUUGCGAACAAGGGAUGCAUCAUGAAGUCUCAGCAGAAGUGCAUCAUGGUUUUUGCCCUGCUGUGCUGCUUUGGCGUGCUGGUGGCGCUCAUCUUCUCGGCCGUGGACGUUUGGGGUGAGGACGAGGACGGCAUCACGGAGGAGAACUGUAGCCGGGACUGCAGAGUUGUUCUGGUGGAGAACAUUCCCGAAGACGUCACCUUCUCCAACAGCAGCGCGUGCCACCUAUCGCUUUCUGCGGGACUUUUGGGCCUGCUGGAUCAAGCCAUUCGCGUGGUGGAGAUCGUUUCCCCGCUGUGGCUGCUCAACUCCUCCGAAUACGAGUCUAGCUUCCAGCCUGCAGCAAGACAGGGCAGAGUCCUGCUGGCCAGGCUGCAGGCGCUGAAGUCCAAGAAAGUCCAGCUCAAGGUCUCAAGCGGGAUCGUGGACUCGGCAGAGCUCAAAACGCUCGUCGGAUACGGCGCCGAGGUGCAUCACGUGAACACGACGGCGCUGAGCAAAGGUCACCUCCACUCUUCCUUCUGGGUGGUGGACAGCAGACACUUGUACAUUGGCAGCGGCAGCAUGGACUGGAGAUCCCUGGCCACAAGGAAGGAGCUGGGCGUGUUGGUGUACAACUGCAGCUGUCUGGCUCUAGACCUCCACAGGGUGUUCAACGUCUACUGGGGGCUCCAGUACAAGGAGUUUGUCCCCUCCUUCUGGUCCAAACGCCUCUUCGCCAUCUUCAACAAGGAUUCGCCUCUGGAGCUCACCCUGAACAGCACCGAGGCCCGAGCGUACAUCUCUACCUCCCCAGAUGUUUUCAUCCCCAAAGACCGAAGCAGUGACCUGGAAGCCAUUUCCUGGGUUAUCAAGGAUGCCCGUCGCUUUGUCUACAUCUCAGUCACAGACUACUUGCCGCUGCUCAACGGCAGCGCUUACAGGUACUGGUCUCGUAUUGACGGCUUUCUCCGGGAGGCUCUGAUCCUGAGGAGGCUACGCGUGCGUCUGCUUAUAAGUUGCUGGGAAAACACUCAUCCGCUGACGUUCAACUUUGUCUGGUCCCUGAGGAGUCUGUGCAUGGAGCAAGACAACUGCUCACUCCAAGCUAAGUUCUUCAACCCCAGAGUGCAGAGGGAUGGCAGUCUUGGAGGGAUAAACCACAACAGGUUCAUGGUGACCGACAGAGCCAUUUAUUUAGGUAAUCUGGACUGGGUGGGCAACGAGUUCACCUACAACGCGGGCGUGGGCCUGGUCAUCAGUCAGCCCCGCGGUGUCGAGGAGGGCAAGAACUCUACUGUGGUGGAUCAGCUCCGAGCCGCCUUUGAGAGGGAUUGGUUUUCCAGCUACGCCCGCACCCUUCAGGCCAAUAAAAUCCCCGUCUGCAGCAAGCGUCAGAUGGACAGAGCAGGACCGGUCAAAGAAAGUUGGGCAAAUGGGGGGCCGGUGCCUGUCAGGACGGGUCGGCGCGAUACCGUGAGAAUCGAUCCCAACGAUAACGAACCUCACAGCAAAGGUAAGCGCCACGAUGCAGUCCAGAGCGAAACCGACCCCGGAGAGCAGAAAAUCGUUGGUCUUGAACAUUUACAGGCACAAAUCAGAAGGACCGUAUGGGACCACCUGAAGGAUAUCUCAAAUGGGUCCCUGUGAAAAAGAAAUGAUGCACUGGAAUUUUUUGUAGCCUUUUUGUAGAGCACGUUCAGGCUAAGCAUAGCUCAAUUGUAGUGAAGUAUAGCUGGCAAGAUAAUUGGAUGAAAUCAGGAAGGAGCCUCAGUGCAACUUCCAGUUCAGAAUUUUGGCUCCAAUUCUGCCUUGCAACGUUUCACCCCAUACCCCCCCAAAAAAGUGCAACUGGCAGUUUCGCAAAGCAAUGCAAACGUGUGUAUCCCUACGCAAACAAAGCAAGGACUGGUGAUGACGUGUUGCUCAUGUAGCUUUACAGUAAGUGGCUGAUAUUGAAAUAUAAAAUAUAUUAUAUGUAAAUGUUCUGAAAAGUCCCAAUGAAUCAUUCUUUAAACAAUUAGCCGUUUUUGGGUGACCUCAUCAUGCCAAAAACAUAGCAACUUUGGCAAGCGUACAUGCUGAUGAAAGUAAAUUUCAGCGUCUUGGGUCCCCAACAACACCCUACAGCCCUAUCUAGUGGUCACUAUGAUAAACGCAGAACGAGGAGGUAACAGAUUCCAAAGAUGAUUGUAAGCAAAAAAAAAAAAAUAAUAAUAAUCAUAAUAAGCGAUUACGAUUUCAAGAGACAUUUUUUUUUCCUCCGCAAUGUUGAUUUCCAUUGAUUAAGAAGAAAUGUCUCCAUUCUAAAGGAAAUUAAAAUCCUGGCGAGCUGGUCUGUUUUACAGUAACUUCACAUAAACAUGGGUGAAAAAUAUAUCAAUGGGAAUGAGACAAGGUGUGCUCUUGGCUGUGUUUUACAGUUUUUCAAUUUGAGAUGUGAAUGUUUAGCUUUGAAAAUAUAGCCUACCUUGAAAUAUUUUUCAGCAUGAUUGCUGCUGCCUUGCAUGUCCUGCCUUCACUUGUGCACUGAGGAAUGCCUAUUUAUUUAAAUACAUUUGUUUGUGCACACAUUCACUGCAUUAUAUGGUUGAU